AUGACUCAAGAAGAGAGGACACGAGGAUUGUUGGAAUCUGAGAGUACGUUCACUGGCGGACUGGAACUAUUAGAACGCGAUUGUGACUAUAAUCGACUUCAGAGAAGUGCUCGGCGGAACUUUACGGGACACCCGCUGUCUUCGACGUGCUUUUUGUUACGCGUGCAAGAUCCUGCACCCAUCCGUACAUCAAUGAGUUAG